AAAGGCAAAGCUCUCUGCUGCACAUCUUCAGUUCCGAGACUGAAGCUCCCUUUUGACUUUGCUUCAGUCUUCUCUUCUCUCUCCGCGGGCAGGCCACGAGAUUCCUCCGCGCCAGCCCUCAACUGAUCCCCAACUAACAAGCACCGAGAAAGCAACGGAAACCCAAACCCGGUAAAAGAUAAUCGCCAGGAAACAAGGAAGAAAAGAAGGGAGAGAGAGUUUGUGUGAGCGUGAGUGAGGUUCGUUCUUUCCUUUUCUUUUUAUAAAGAAAGAAAUCUCCAGCCUCGUUCUGUUCGUCUCCGGUCUCGAACUGCCCUCGAGAAACCACGGGCAAAGGCGGCGAGAGAGGAGGGAGGAAGAGGGGGCCGCGCGCCAUGGUGAGGAAGAACGGAUGGCAGCCUCCGGUACACACAUUCCAGAUCGUUGCAAUUUUUAUUUUCUUACUUCUGGUGGCUGCUUUUUACGCCUUCUUUGCACCAUUUUUGGGAACACAAAUCCUUAAGUAUGUCGCAAUUGGUAUCUACACUCCUGUGGCAAUUGCUGUCUUCGUCCUUUAUAUCCGGUGCACUACUAUAAACCCUGCAGAUCCUGGGAUCAUGUCAAAGUUUGACGAUGGUUAUGUCAAUGCACCAGAAAGUAAUGCUGGCUUGCAGGGCACAAAUUUGCCUGGGAAAACUGGCAUUGCUACUGGAACAAACUCCCCCACAUCUACUUGUAGGAGCUCUCAAAAUGUGCGUUCUAACCAAGGAGAUUUAGCGGCUGUAGAUACAAAUAUAAAUAUAAGUGUGCAACCACCAAGAAGAAGAUCAGGGUGCUACAUUGGAGGCUUCAUUUGUGCUUUGUUUAGUAAGGAGGAUUGCAGGAAGUCUGAUGAUUCAGAGAAUGAAGUUGAUGGAGAAGGUGCACUGUUCUGCACAUUAUGUAACGCUGAGGUUUGUCAAUUCAGCAAACAUUGCAGAAGUUGUGACAAGUGUGUGGAUGGAUUUGAUCAUCACUGUCGGUGGCUAAAUAACUGUGUUGGACGCAAAAACUAUUUCACAUUUAUUGCUCUGAUGACUACCAGUCUCCUCUGGCUUGCUAUUGAAGUUGGGAUGGGCAUUGCUGUUUUUGUUCUGUGCUUCAUCAACAAGAAUGCUGAAAAAAUUAUUCAUGACAAGAUUUAUGGAUUAUCUCGUCCUGCAUUUGCAGUUAUUGUGGGAAUAUCUACUCUUCUGUCUCUAGUUGCUUGCGGACCUUUAGGAGAGCUGUUCAUCUUCCACAUGCUAUUGAUCAGAAAGGGGAUCACAACUUAUGAAUAUGUUGUCGCAAUAAGAGCUAUGAGUGAAGUACCUCAAGAUGAGGAGGAAGAAGAGAGGGUAAACAUUAUUUAUUCCCCAACAAACUCAGCCACUACUGGAUUCAGCGCCGGAAGUUCUCUUGGUCUUCACUACAAGGGUGCAUGGUGCACACCUCCAAGGAUUUUCGUUGAUAAGCAAGACGAAGUUAUCCCACAUUUGGAGCGUGGCGUGAUACCAUCUACCAUCGACCCUGAUGCCACAGGACAUGCUGAAAGACCAAACAAAGCCAAGAAGCAAGUCAAAAUCAGUUCAUGGAAGCUUGCGAAGCUGGACGGCAAUGAGGCGAUGAAAGCUGCUGCAAGAGCUCGGGCAUCGUCCUCCGUCCUCCGACCCAGAGAUGCCCGCGGGGGCCAUGAUGCCGACCUUAGCUCCAGCGGCAACGGCAGUGUCAGGAGCAGCAUAAGUGCUGAUUACAGCGCAGCAAGGGAACAGAGGGGUGGCCUGAAACUGUUUUCUCUUCAGAACUCGUAUCCUCAGAGCCUCGCUAGCCACGAUGACUACGAGACUGGCACGCAGAGCGCCAGCAGUGUGGGCAGCCCGGUCCACAUCCACAAGCUUGCACCUCACACGCAGAUCAAUAUGCCAUCAUCCCGCCCACCUCCACCACCAGAGAGGCCAAUACCAAGGCCGCCUGUUCCUCCAACUAAGCAGGUCACCAACCCAAUGUUCCAGUCAGCGACGUCCUACGUUAGGGAGAACCGAAGAGCAUCAGUUGUUUGGGAUCAAGACGCCGGUCGGUACGUGUCGGUAGCACCCGCACCCGCAAGACCCAGGGGAGCUGAUGGCCGCGUUGCUGCUGAUCAACCGGCAAGAGCACCGCCUUUCUUGGAAAACCCAAGUGGUGAGCCAGGCAGCAACAACAACCGUGGCAGAAAUCUCACACCGAUGAAUGUAUCUUCUUCAGCAUUGCCAUCCGGACAGCCUUCUGAGUGGCUGACACACUCUGGACAAUCGAUAUUCUUCGGCGGGCCUGUUAUGAGCGCCGCUGUAGCUGGAUCUCAAAGGAAUGAAGCGGACACGAGAGCGCAGCCAGAUGACAGGAGGGAGCUCAAUGCUGAUCACCACGAUGCGAGGGGGGAGAGGGGGCGAACCACCCAGUCCUUCCCGUCGUUUGCUCCUGAGGCGUUUCAGAAGAACCCACCGUUCAACAGGUGAUGUCCACACCAUUAGCUGACAACAACUGUGCUGCUGCCUGUGUCAUGAUGAGUCGAUGACACGCCAAGAAGACUCUUACAGCUGCAAGCAGAUAAGAACCUUCAAGGACAUGUUUUCAGAAAAGAGUCUGAACUGAGCACAACAUUUUUCUUUCUCAGAGGACUGAGUGGAGAUGAAACAGAAAUCAGAAAGCAAAAGUAGAACAGCCAAUUGGCUUUGAUGUAAAUUGGUUGUCCUUUCACUGUUAGCAACGAUUUUUCUGGUGCUCGAUAGCUUGGUUUAACAGGAGUUGAAAACAUGAUAUGAUAUGAAAGUGGGAUUGUUUAA